AUGCCCGUUCUGCAUCCGUCGGGUCUUGUGGAUACUCAAUCGCCUAUGUACGCGAAAUUCGGCUACAGUAGGCAGUGUAAAGCUGCUGUUACCACACUAAGAUAUAACCUACUGUGCAGUAAAGUAAGAUAUGGUUCAAAAGGCAUUCAGCAAAUUCAAAAUCAUGACAAAUUCCAGGUCUUGUAUGAUUUUUUUGUUCCUACCGGUAUUACCUGUAGUGGCAAUUGCGGUCCCUACAACUUCAUCAACGUCACGCCUUGCGAGGUUCAUACCGUGCCUACUGAGAAGGUCGCUGGUGGUGCUAGCGCUCAAGGACUGUGCAACUCCAUAGCGUACCACGGAUGCGGCGGCCAACGCGGCGGUGGUAAUGGUGUAACCGCAACUCUGCUCUGUGUGGCCGGUCCUUCAUUUAUCUUUCUCGCUAUUCAGCUAUUUGUUCUCGCAAACAAUUACCGAAAUUUUGGCACCUUAUCUGGCUUCUAUAUUGACUUCUGCGUUGGUGGUUUCGGUCAUCAUCCCACCGGAUCUGAUGUUGUUUCGAUUGAUGCCAAAUCCACAUUCCGCGCAAGGCUGACUGCAGGCGUCUGGUCUCCUGAACUCUAUUGUACAGCGCUACUGUCGGUCAUAUCCGUUCCAAUUUAUUUGGAUCCUAGCACCAAUAGCAAGUUUCUUAAUCAAAGGUCUGAUUGUAUCGCACUUGCUCGAAGACUCGUAACCUCACAUUUCAAACCCAAAAUGCGCUUUCUUAUCUUUGUUGCCCACGCAGGCCUUGCAAUUGCCGCUACGGCCCCAGGCUGCCAUUUUUGGGUCAGAGAAAUUUCUACGGGCCAGAAUGUCGGUCAAGGCUGCGUCGGAAAGGGCUGGACAACUUAUCCUUGGGCAGCUAAAGCCCGCGUCGGUGUCACGGCGGACCAUUCGAUGGCAAAUGCAUCGCAACUGUACAAGGCAAAUAAAAUACAGUCUGCAUCCAAACAACGAAGAAAAAUGACCCCCGUAAAGGAACGUUUGUAUGGCGAUGAGGGUCUCUUGUUCACGUCGACAAUAUACUACAUGCUUUGCAAAGUAGUGACAGUUGGAAUAGCAAACAAUAUGGUUAAUGAUUGA